AUGGCCGCAUCUGAUGAGCAGCCUGCGAGGGACGAGGCCUCGAACCCUGAGCUCGACGUCAAGAAGCUGCACGCACUUCCCACUGAACAGCAAGACCUGUACCUCCUAACUUUCACGUCCGACCUUGCGCGCCAUGUUGACUCGCUCGACGCCGAUGGUGCCUCUGCGCAUCAAAUCUACAUCAAAAAGGAGCUGUUCCAAGUCAUCAAUCUGGCCUCGCCCGCGCCCACGCGAGUGAUUCGAAACAACUUGGGACGAGCAUUCGCCGGCAUACUAGGCAAGGGAGACCGCAAGCUUCUCUUCGAAUCGAUCAACGAGUGUGUCAGCAUACUCAAUGGAGUAGGUAAGAGCGAGAAGGAUGUCAGGGCGAAGCAUGCUGCGACGCACUGUCUGGGCUGCAUAUUCGAGGCUGCGGGAGACAGCGCAAUCAACCUGGCACCAGUAGCCGCAAUGUCUCUGCUACGUCUAAUCAAGUUUGCGCAAAAUUAUACCGGGCUGAGGGCGGCUAUUUUCAAGGCAGUGGGGAAAGUGUUCAAGGGCAUCACUCCCUCAGCAGAGGAGAAUGUCGCAAGAGAUGCAUGGAAGCAGGCCCGGAAUGCGUGUACUGGAGACAAGUCGUUACUCGUGCAGUCAAGCGCAUGCUUCUGUCUCGAGCAGCUGAUCAGGUACACCGCCCUAUUCGACAAUGCGACCGACUUCGACAAGCUACAGACAGCCGCGUGGAAGGCUAUCGACAGUAGCUCGGCUACGCUACGCCAUGCCGCCGCUUCAGCUGUCUCCGCCGCACUUGUCAAGAACUACUCUGAGACUGCUACGGCAGAGGAUCCAAUCAUGGGCAUAACGCGAGUGGGCACUGGCGCUACGAAGAAGAAGAACAAGAGAAUGUCGACCAUCGAUGGUGGCGAUGACGAUAUCAUGGAGCGACCGGAGUCACCUGCGCCCAAGAAAUCGGCUGCGAAGAUUACUUUUACUAUCGCAACUAUCCUGAAACUUCUCUCGACACAAUACUGCCGACCUUCUACGACCCAUCGCGCAAGAGCUGGUAUCGCUGUCUGUUAUAUGAAGGUGCUGCGCGGCUUGGGAGAGCAGAUUGUCGAAUCGAAGUACUCUGAGAUUGCACAAAGUCUGUUCAAUGACAUUCUCUCCAGUCAAGUCAUCACUCAAAACCGAUAUCGCACCCUUAGCGCUCGCAAGUAUGUGGCAGUCAUCCUGGAAACCGUCAUUGGCCGUGAGAUGCUUGGAGAAUCUGGACAACUCAAUGCCGCAAGAUUCCUUGUCAACGAGAUUCUGAAGGACUAUCCACAGGCCCUGAAGGAGCGACCGGAGCCGUCAAAACAGACUCUGAUCGGGGCACUCAGCACCCUAUCAGCUCUCUUCGACAGCCUAGGAUCUGCUUCAAACGUCAUUGCAGAUCAUUCUCGAGAUGCGCUUAUCCAGAUCCUACAGCACCCAAGCUACACCGUACAAGUGCAUGCAUCGUCCUGCAUACGAUCUUUCGUUCUUGCUUGCCCGCUUCAACUUUUGCCCGCCGUCACGAUAUGCAUGAACAGCGUCAAUCGAGAGCUUGGUCUGCUUGGGAGUGGAAGACAGUCACCUAGGAAGUGCGUCGGUCUCGCAAACGGUCUUUCUGCAGUGCUGAGCACAUCAACCUCGCAGCCAUUGCACGGUUCUGUGGACGUGAAUUCGCGAGUCCUCUCACAGGCAACGACAUUACUCAAGUCUGCUGGCAACUCAGAUGUGAGGAUCUCGGCUACGCAAGUUCAAGUUGCUUGGAUCUUAAUCGGUGGACUAAUGACACUCGGACCAAACUUCGUCAAGAUACACUUGUCGCAGUUGCUUCUUCUCUGGAAAAAUGCACUACCAAAGCCGCUCAACAAGGACAACAUGGUCCAAAGAAACGUUUUCGAGCUCAGCUAUCUGUCUCAUGUGCGCGAGUGUGCCCUAGGUUCAAUAUCGACUUUUCUGGAGUUCAACAGCAGGCUCCUGACGCUGGACGUUACGAAGCGAUUAGCUGCGAUGCUCCAGAACACGACGAUGUUCCUGAACACGCUACCAGUUAAGAAAACCACCGACGAUGUUUCGCAACGCUUGUCUCCUGCACUGCAGCUGCACGACUUUGAUCUCAUGGUCCGGAGAAGAGUGUUACAGUGCUACACUAAGCUCGUAGACCUUACGCCUGCGAGCAGCAACGAGGUCCUGCUACAGACCAAUCUGCUUUCUUUUGCCGUGGCCAAUUUUGCAGAUCCGGACAACUACACCACCAGUUCUUUCAGUACGGCCAUCGCAAGUGCUGCAGGCUCAUUUGAGAGCAUCUGGGAGGUCGCAGAUAACCAUGGCUUUGGCGUGACUGGUCUGGUGCGAGGCUUCGACAUCAGAUCCUUACCAGGGGAGCACGAUAGCAGCAAUGGACACCACUGGUUGGUAAGACAUGGCUCAGAAGCUAUCAUUGAUCGUACACUGCUCUCCCCAAUCUGCGGCGCACGCGAACAUGAUUCGAUAUCGUUGUACAACACUCUCUCCCAAGACUCCACAGAGCUUCCAGAUCCUCCAGCCACCGAGGUUGUGAACUCCGCACUGCGGCUGUUUGCGAUCUGCUUGCCUCUACAGACGCCAAAGGUCCAAGAAAGUAUUCUGGAGCAGAUGACAUCGUUCCUGUCAGCUGGAAGUCUGCAGCGCGACGUUAACAGAAGAACCGCCAUGAUGGUAAACAUUGCGUACGGUUUAUUAUCUGCACUCAAGGUAGCUGUGAAAGAGACACGCUCUACUUCCGGUAGCCUGAAAGGUGCAGCAGUGGAGAAGGUCAUGCAAGAGCUUCUACAUAUGUUCGUCAUUCUACCUGACCCGUUUAUUCGUAGGCUGGCUGGCGAGGCCCUAGGCCGUCUCUGCAGCAGUUCAGGGAACGCCCUAACGCGCAGUGAGGUCAACUAUCUAGUCGAUCAGAUUGUUGCGAACCGUGAGCCAUUCGCUCGUUCAGGUUAUGCUUACGCACUGGGCUGCAUCUUGUCCCAGCUCGGUGGCAUGGCUGCCAGUUAUCACCUGAAGAACAUACUCGGGAUUCUCAUGUCCCUUGGCAACGAUCCUCAUCCUAUCGUACACUUCUCCGCCAUCGAUAGUCUCUCGCGGGUGGCAGACUCUGCAGGCCUAUCGUUUUCCAGUCAUGUCACUAGCACCCUUGGCAUGUUAGCACAGCUUUACGCUGCGGACUCCCACAACGAAGAGGCUGCGUCGCUAGCUUCAUCCAACAUCGAGAUCGACCUUCCAACACCAGCCGUCAUUGCGCGAUGCAUAGACAGUACCAUCAAUGUUCUUGGCCCAGACUUGCAAGAGAUGGCCAAGGCACGGGACAUGAUCAUGACGCUGAUUGGUCUCUUCGAGAAAGAGCCCGACGAGUUAGUGAGAAUUGAGGCUCUUCGCUGCCAGGAACACGUCUCGCUCUAUGCACCUGGCCAGAUGCGUUUCACACACUACGUAAAGCACUUGCAACACUCACUAGAAAAUCCGUCGACGCAGAUUCGCGAUAUGGCAGUUGAUGGUCUUCACAACCUUAUGAGACGCAAUACCGAAGAGAUCAUCCGUGCGGCUGACCCUGGUUUGGAAGAUGCACUAUGGCAUGUCCUUGACAGACAACCUGAUCAACAGGUCGUGCGGAACAUCCUGCGUAAUUGGCUCCAUCAAACCGGGUUAACAGAUACUGCGGCAUGGGUGCAGCGUUGCCACUCGGUACUGACCAAGACAAAGAAGGUUGAAGCACAAGAAGUGAUUGAAACCAAGCCAAAAGCUGGCGCAACAGAUUUACAAGAUGAAGAAGUCGCUGGUUUUGCUGCUGCUGCGAAUGCACCUGGUGCUGAGGUCGGUCAAGCUUCGCAGACAAGUCAAGAGCUUCUCAAGUGGCAAGUACGAACCAUUGGCAUGGACCUCUUGAGUGAGUUGGUAGCUAUGGUCAGCAAGGAGGCCGCUUUCCGAGAAGAGUCGCCAUGUGUCCUUGCUUUGCAGCACAGAGUCGCUGACGUUGUGCGCAUCGCGUUUUCUGCGUCCACUGCUGGGGUCGUUCAGCUGCGGAUUCGUGGUCUGAAGAUCAUUGAUCAGGUUUUGAAGCUAUUCGGCAAGACUCCGGACCCUGACUUUGCAGAAGUCACUCUGCUUGAGCAGUAUCAAGCGCAGAUCGGUUCCGCACUCACCCCAGCCUUCGCAGCAGACUCGUCACCAGAACUUGCAGCAGAGGCUAUCAACGUGUGCGCAACAUUCAUCGCCACAGGUAUCGUUACGGACGUGGACCGUAUGGGUCGCAUCCUCAAGCUUCUUAUCUCGGCGCUUGAGAACUUUUCAAGUGAGACGGAGACCGCGGCCAUUGGUGAUCUCCGAGGAUUGAGCUCGAACGCAGCUGUCAUGGUUAAGAUGUCAGUUUUCUCGGCCUGGGCAGAGCUUCAGAUCGCCAGUACUGAACAGACCUACUUGGUCGACGUUCUGAGGCCGCACAUCGCAAAACUUACACCAUUGUGGCUUGCAUCUCUGCGAGAGUACGCUCGUUUAAGAUUUGAACCUGACAUCUCAUCUUCGAUGGGUUCUACAUCGUUGUCCGGGAGUCUCGAUACUAUUUACGCCGCGUUGAACCGCGAGACGUUACUGAAGUUCUAUCAGGAAUCGUGGCUCAACCUUGUUGAUGCUAUUGCCAGCUUGAUUGAUGAAGAUAGCGAGUUCGUCUUCGAUGCUCUCGAUGGUAAGACCGAGUUCUCCGAGCCGCAAACGCCUGCCAAAGCAGACCACAUCAACUACCGAGAUGAGCCUGUGGCUUUCUUCUUCGUACUCUUUGGAUUGGCAUUUGAGGCUCUAGCAGGACGUCCAGGUGAUCUGCAAGCUUCGAAGGAGCAGAUUUUAGAGAUCCUCCAGGCUCUCAAGAAGAUUUUACGACCAUCAGUAUCUGGCCAGGCUAUCUACCAGGAAGUCAUAUUUUCUGAAACGAUGGACAUGCUGGAUCGCCUCGUACUCACCGAAGGCCUGACUGUGCAAACAGUGAUCGUGGAAAUCGCCAGGAACCUGUGUCUCGGACAUCCAUCUGCUAGGAGGGACCGAGGAGCACCUGGUGAUGAUCAUCUUUCAGAGGACAUCGAUCAGUUAUUCGAACUGACAAAGAUAAUGGUAUUGGUCCUUUCUGGUUUGGUACCCGGAAUGGAAGACAGCAGCUCCAAAGCUCGUCACGAGCUGAACGAAGAAGCCGUCGCCCUUCUGACGACUGCACUCGCUGCGCUGGUUGAUGCUGCUCAGGUCUUCCCUGCAAUCAUCAAAGCUGAUCUGCACGCUUGCAUACUACACAUCUUCGCCACUAUCUUUGGUACCGGGGCUUGCCAGGCGACAGUUGUGCCGCAAGCACUACCCAUUUUCAAGCGCUUUGUCACCAGCCUGACUCGCGAUGCUGAGGCUACAGACGAUACCAGCAAGCAAGUACGCGCAACGCUGACACGGUUCCUCACCAUCAUGCGGCACGCACAACAACGAGAAUUCGACGCCGCGCUUGCUUGCGAGAAGAACAUCAUCCUAGCAACAACAAUUCUUGUGAGCUCAGCAUCAUCGGCCUUCGCGUCUAACGACCCUCUCAUCAAGUUGUUCAUUGAUAGUCUUUUCGAUUGUCUCGGUACCGUGACAACAUCCAAGGUUGCUGUCGGUUGUUGCCGCUCUCUCGUUCUUAUUCCGAAGAAGGGCGCUUUCGAAUCCAGCAUCGCCGCUUUGAUCCUCCCACAGAUUCUUUCUUUCCUUGCCAACCCCUCGGAUAUUGAGGGCCUUGAGGAGUCACGCACCCUCCUUGCUCAAACUCUCGUCACUUUCAUCUCUACCCUGCCAACAACAGAGCAGAGACAACUCGCAUCUAAGGUCGUCAUUCCUGCGCUUCUGGCGCGCGUGCAACAGGACGCGAAGACUGGCCAAGAGACGGCGGGCAGGUUGUUAGAAAUUGCGCAGGCAGACCAGGAAGCGUUCAAAGGCGUGGUCGCCGGGCUGAGUGCGGAGCAGAGGGACUUUUUGCAAGGCGUAUUGAAGAGUGGGCAGGGGCAGAAGAAGGAGGUUAAGAGGGAGGAAGAAGGUGAGCCGACGAUUGCGUUGAAGAUGAACUUUGGGUCUUGA